GCGAGAAGAGAAUCUUGGCAAUGGCGCAUAUGCUUGGAGUGGUGGAUUCCCACAACAUGCCUGAAGAUGGAGAAGUUCGAGGAGUUCGUGCUGGAAUCACUUCAGUACACAAUUCGAAGACUAUGCUUAUUGGAAUUCUUUGCAACAUGCUCUUGAGUGGUGCAGAUGCAGCAGAGUCAGCGUAUGUGGUUUGCUCGUGAUGUUGCUUUGUACACAGUGGUGCAUGAUCAAAAUAUUGCGAAAGGUACAUCAGCAGAUCCUGACUUUUGUCAAUGCCGAAUCAGACAGUAGGUCUGAGCAGCUAGAUGCACUUCGAAGUUUGGUGCGAAAGAGACUUGGAGCAGGUGAAGAAGCUGAUCCUUUGGACGAUGAUUCCUGGCAGAAGCAAUUGGCCGAGGUUGGAAUCAAUUGGAGAACUGGAGAGACUCUUUCUCCAGCUACAUCGGCUUCGGGUGAUGACAGAGACAUUGAGUAGCAAAGAAAGGUGAGUUUUCGCAUGAGAUGAGACUUCAGAGAGACGAAUGUUUUCCGUACAGUGUGGAGAAGCUUUAGUACGAGCUUUCCGUACAGACUCGUUUGCUGAAGUGCUCUUGAAAUUAGAGCAAAAGCAAAUGUUCCUAAGGAACAUGUCUUUUGAGGCGGGGUGAUAAGAGAAUUUGAACCCUUCAUGCCUCUUAGGAAGAGCCCAAUACACUUGUAGAGGAAGACCCUUGAAUAAUCUUGGGUGAAAGUGCCACAUGUGCUUGUAUAGGACUCACAUGUUUUUGCGCUAGAGUUUUCAUGUCGGUUUGGCCUUAUGGCUUUGAUGCGUG